AAUGGAAGGGACAAUAGAAUGGGUAACAUGAAUAAUAUGGGGACAGACUAUAGCGGAGCUAGAAAUGGUAUGAGAAAUAGUUAUGGUACAACCGAACGUUUAAGAGGGCAAGAUGAAUUUUUGCAGAGUGAAGAAUAUGGUGAUGCCCCUCAAAACAACUACUACUCAUCAGUUAAGCUACCAAGGAGGUAUAAACGAGAAAAACGCAUAGAAAUAAAUUCUGGACAGCGGAGCCAAUACAAUCCUCACUCGCAGCGCUCUAAUGGGAAACAUGAGAACAAUCAUGAAAAUGAGAAGGAGGGAAAAAAUUCCAGUGAAAAUAAUUCCAGCAAAGAAAUAGACAAAGCUUGCGUGCUUCACUGUUUUAUGGAAAAUUUACAUAUGACAGAUGAUCGUGGUAUGCCGGACAGAUAUCUAGUCACACAUGCGUUGACUAAAGAUGAGAAAAACGAGGACUUGAGGGAUUUUCUACAAGAAUCCAUUGAAGAGUGCUUCCAAAUAUUGGAUAAUGAACACAGAAGAUAAGUGCGAAUUUUCCAAUAGCUUGCUGACUUGCUUAUCGGAGAAAGGGCGGGCUAAUUGCGACG